UUGGAUGCAUAAAAAAUACAAUUAGGGUUUGAAAUCGCUGAAGAAGCUAAACCGUUCAUCACUGGUCACUUCCGCCGCAGCUUGCAGAGAGGCAAAGUCAGGAAAAUGGCUCGGAUCAAGGUGCACGAGCUUCGGUUGAAGAACAAGACGGAGCUGCUAGCGCAGCUGAAGGAUCUGAAGGCGGAGCUCGCUCUGCUGCGUGUGGCCAAAGUCACCGGAGGCGCUCCUAACAAGCUCUCCAAAAUCAAGGUGGUGAGGCUUUCGAUCGCGCAGGUGCUCACCGUUAUCUCGCAGAAACAGAAGUCCGCUCUGCGCGAAGCCUAUCAAAACAAGAAGUAUUUGCCCCUCGAUCUCCGCCCUAAGAAGACGCGCGCCAUCCGCCGCCGCCUUACCAAGCACCAGGCAUCCGCAAAGACUGAAAAGCAAAAGAAGAAGGAAAUGUACUUCCCUUUGAGAAAGUAUGCCAUCAAAGUCUAAACUUUGUUUGCGGCAGUUAGCCCACCAUUGGAGUAUUAUCAAAAUUUGUGUGCAACUGAUUUUUUUGAAUUUUGUAUUUGGUAUUACUUCAGAGACCUUGUGGUGUUAAAACGGAUUACCUCAUCUACUAUGAUGAAGCUUAUUAGAUUCAUGCUCUACAAAUUUUUGUUA